GAGCCCGUCGAAGUCAGCUUUAGUCAUUGCCGUGCGUCAACUACACUAACUAGUGUUCAUCUGGUGUUAGCUCCGUGUGUGCCGUGGUAUCAAAAUCAAAUUUUCCAACAUGAGCUGGCAGGAUUACGUCGACAAACAACUCUUGGCCUCCCGUUGUGUCGCGAAGGCGUGCAUCGCCGGCCACGAUGGAAACGUCUGGGCCAGAUCGGACGGCUUCGAAGUGACGAAAGAGGAGCUGGCAAAGUUGGUGCAGGGCUUCGAGAAACAAGAUAUCCUAACAUCAUCUGGUGUCACCUUAGCGGGCAACCGUUACAUUUACCUAUCUGGUACAGACCGUGUUAUCCGAUGUAAACUGGGAAAGGUCGGCGUGCACUGUAUGAAAACGACACAAGCCGUGGUAGUUUCCCUUUACGAAGAUCCUAUCCAACCUCAACAAGCAGCGUCUGUUGUAGAAAAGUUAGGUGAAUACCUAAUGUCCUGCGGUUACUAGAGAUUAGUAAGAUCGCCGCUUCAUCCGACAACCACGCGGCAACAACAACCUACAUUAUAAAAUUUUGUAUUUUGCGAAACAAGCAAUGUGUAUAUCAAGUGCGUUCAUUUUUAUAUAAUAAUAAUGUAUUAAAAAAGAAAAAAACAGGAAACAGAAAAAACAACAACAACCAACCAACCACCACCAAGUCGGAACGAUUCAUGCAUUCACAAAUUUGUAUUUAAUUAUUAUACUACCCCCCCAGUUUCAAUGUAAAACUUGUGGAAUCUUUUAUAAGCCUCCAAUAUAUAUAAUCUUAUUCAGUA